AUGUUCUGUAAGAAUGUACGCAACUUGUUCAUAGCUUCUUUGCUGAUCACAAUUUGCUUCCCCAGAAUUAGUUGUGCUGAACUUCUGGAGCAAAGAGUGGAACAUGUACAGGUUGCAUUAGUUGUCCCAGAAAGUGAUAUUGAUGGCUGGACAGGAGAUAGCGAUAAUUGUGACUCAGUCGCGAAUGGCGCUUGGAGUCAAUAUCUACUGUUUGGGAUGGUGUUUGGCUUCAUGACAGGGGUCGUUGGUGGUAUCUUAGGUGGCUUUCUGUGCUGGCAGAUUCGUGUUUACAAAGAAGAGACCAUAUCUGUUUGA